AUGGGCUUUUCAUGGCUCAAAGCGCACACUUUGUUUCUCUCGGGGAUUACGAUGUUAUAUUGCCUAUGGGUCCAUCCUUAUGUCUGCAAGAACUUGUUCAUCACAAACUGCUUAGACCAGGCUCGAGCCGCUUGUGGCUUGCUUUCGACUCUUGGUCGAACAUGUUGUGCUUGUCAACGCGAGAAUAAUGAGAACGUAUCUCAUGCGGGUUUUGUGGCACCCAGCAAUGAGCAGAAUCAUCGUACAUUUUCAGAUGAUCAGCUUGAAGUCGACCGUUCAUCUUUGAUUGAGUCUGAUAUGGACAAUUAUGCUGCGGUGUACAACAUUUCGAAUGUCUCGUACAAGCUAAAAGCGGAUAAGUUCAUGGAUGAACCGGAUGGCUUUAGAGAUUUCUUUGAUCUUGGAUUGUUGGAUGAUGUCAAUUUGAACCUGGACGACCAAUCGUGGAAUAUGGGCGAGGUAACACAGAACAAAUCCAUAUCGUAG